CUCGAGUUCAUUCGUCAACUCUCCCAAAACCAGAACAAUGCGGUCUUCGCCAUCGUCCGUGACACGACCUCAUCUCCGAAGCUGACCGAACUCGCUGCCAGCAAGCAAAACGUGCACAUUAUCCAAGGCGAUCUCAAUUCCUUCUUCCAACUCCGAGAGGCAGCCAAAAAUAUAUCUUCCGUGACCGGUGGAAGCCUCGAUGUGCUGAUCAACAAUGCGGCCUACUUGGACGACUCGGUUGCCACGGUUCAGCCCAGCCAAUUAUCCGAUCCUGAACACGUCGAGCAGCUGAAAGAUGCAAUCGAGAAAUCUGUGGAGUCAAACGUCUUGGGCACAAUCCAUCUCACCAAUACCUUCCUGCCGCUGAUUGAGCAGGGCAACGAGAAGAAAAUCAUCCACACAAGCACCGGCCUUGCCGACACGGAUGUCAUCCUCGGCACCGAGAUCUCCGGACUCGUGCCCUACAGUGCCAGCAAAGCGAUGAUGAACGCAGUCGUGGCCAAGUACGGUGCAGAGCUGAAACCCAGAGGAAUCCACGUCGUGGCAUUGAGUCCUGGGUUCGUGGACACUAAUCCUAUGCCUCAGGAGGCGUUGGACUGGAUGUCGGCAAUGUUUAGGAAGAUCGAUUUGAAGGUCAAUGGCAGAAUCUCUGUCGAAGAGAGUGUACGUGACCAACUGGACACGAUUUCGAAAUUGGGAUGGGACGUUCAGGGAAGGAUGAUUAGCCAGCAUGGAGAUCGCAAUUGGUUUUGA